ACAACCUCGACAUGGCCACCGCCUCAGGCGGCGACAACAGCAUCGAGGAUGACCGCACCAACUACCGCAUCAUCAGGGACGGCGGCUGGGACAACAUCCACCACUUCAUGCUCUCCUACGGCCUCAAGCCCUACGACCCGGACGACUACGAGACGGCCAAGACCAUCAUCCAGGGCUUCCGGGACAGGGGUUACUACCGCCAGCCCGGCGAUUCUGGGCCUUCAUCGAGGCACUGAGGCUGUCCUUUCUUCUCUGUCCCUUCCACUCAAUCACACUCCCUUGGAUCAUGUCUGUUUUUUUGGUGGGUUUUUUUCUUGCUCCCUCCACACGUCGCACGAGGAUUGUUUCAGCUUUCUUUCUUUCUUGUAUUUUUUUUUGGUUGUUUUUUUUUUUUUUUGGUUCUCCUUGCAUUGUCUCUGGCUCCUCCGGAUCACCGGAAGUGUGUAACUCAACUCUUUUAACUUGAGACGUGAUGAUAAGGAUGUCUUGGAUAUUUUGGGUGUUUUUUUGGGGGGGGAGGGGGGAGGGGGUUCCGCCUUAAAUGGGCCUGGAUGUGGUGCAAUGUUUUUGGGUAGGACACUUUACAUCAUAGGUGUCCAAGAAGGGAAAAGGCUUCGAACCUCACGGUCACAACAAACAUUAAUGCCUUGGGAUCAGAUGAUGGAAAUGGGUUUCAAUGG